AUGGACCCAACCAUCAACUACCACGUGGUGGCCAUCCCAUACCCUGGAAGAGGCCACAUCAACCCAAUGAUGAACCUCUGCAAGCUCAUGGCCUCACGCCGAGCAGACAUUCUCAUAACCUUCAUCGUCACCGAAGAGUGGCUCGGAUUCCUCGGCUCCGAGACCAAGCCAGCUAACUUACGCUUCGGCACAAUCCCCAAUGUCAUUCCGUCGGAGCUGGUUCGCGACGCCGACUUCCCUGGCUUCUUGGAAGCUACGUUGACGAAGUUGGAAGCUCCGGUCGAGCGGCUAUUGGAUCGGCUUGAGCCACCGAAGCCGAGUGUUGUAAUAUAUGAUACGGUGUUGGCUUGGGUGGUGCGGCUUGGGUAUCGGAGAAAUAUUCCGGUGGCUGCGCUUUGGACGAUGUCAGCGAUGGUGUUCUCUACGUCGUGUCAUCAUGAUCUCAUUCGGAAUGGGCAUGUCAAGGCUAAUGUGUCAGAGCGGGGAAAGGAUCAGGUAGACAACUUCCCUGGAGUUCCUUCUAUACCCACUGCCGAUCUUGGCGAAGGCCAAAAAGUUGCACAUCUCCUGUUGGAAGGCAUUGUAUUGGUGCCAAAAGCACAGUAUCUUCUGUUGGCUUCAAUCUAUGAGCUUGAGUACCAAGUCAUUGACACUUUAAAAGCAGAACUCCCUAUCGCCAUCUACUCCAUUGGUCCUGCUAUACCUUGCUUCACUUAUAUAGACAAUUCCAUUCCCAUCACUGGUCACAAUGUCCCAGACUAUAUGAAAUGGUUAAAUGCCCAACCUAGAUGUUCAGUCUUGUAUAUCGCACAAGGAAGCUUUAUUUCUCUCUCGAGUUCUCAAUUGGAUGAGAUAGUUGCUGGGGUUCAAGACAGUGGUGUUCGGUACUUAUGGGUAGCACGAGGAGAAACUUCUCUGUUUGAAAAGGGAGGUGGUGGGUUUGUGGUGCCAUGGUGUGACCAAUUGAAGGUGUUAUGCCAUUCUUCUAUAGGUGGAUUUUGGUCACAUUGUGGGUGGAAUUCCACGAAAGAAGGCGCGUUUGCUGGCCUUCCGAUGCUUGCUUACCCCAUAGUUUUCGAUCAAAUCUCAAACAGCAAGAUGAUUGUGGAAAACUGGAAGAUGGGUUGGAGUGUGAAGCGUGAGGGGGGAGGUGUUGACACAUUGAUUAGAAGGGAAGAAAUUGCUGGACUUGUGCAGAGGUUUAUGGACUUAGAAAGUGAGGAGGGAAAAGAAAUGAGGGGAAGAGCAAAAGAGAUUCAAGAGAUUUGUCGACGAGCUGUUGGAAAAGGAGGAUCUGCUGAGACCAACAUUGAUGCUUUCAUGAAGGACAUGUUAUAG